AUGAAUACAAGUAACAAUACUACUACUAGUACUACUAAUACUACUACUAUUAAUAAUAAUAAUAAUGGUAAUAAUAAUAUUAAUAAUGAUCGUAUUAAUGACGUUAAUUUUACCGAUACUAUAAAUGUAUACUCAUCAACCAAUUCUAGAAAUUAUCAUACUCAUGAAUUAUGUUCAAUAACUGAAUUAAAUGAACAUUUAACACAAUCAAUAAUUUAUUCAAAAAAUGAUGAUAUAAAUAAAAAUGAAGAAAUUAUAACAAAUUUAAAAUAUCCUUUAAAUGUUUCAAUUUCUUAUUCAUAUCCAUAUUAUUAUUCAUCAUAUCCUUAUCAACAAUUUAAUAUUCAAUCAUCAAAUCAACAAAUUUCUAAUGAUUAUUUAAAACAAAAUGAAAUAAUUUCUACAUUGAAUAAACUUAAUUCUACAACGGAAUUAACAAUGUUCAAUAAUAAUAAUAAUAAUAAUAAUAUUUCAACUGGAAAAACAUCAUUAUCAACAUUAACAACAGCAACAACAACAGUAACCGCGGCAACAACUAUAUCAGCAACACAAGUUACUGGAAAUAAUAUGUAUUCUAAUUUAUUAAUACCACAAUUUCAGACAACAAAAUUAAACAUGAAUUAUCCUGAAUUAUCUUUACAUAAUUUAACAUCAAAUCACUUGAAUGAAACGUAUUUAAAUGAUUUAAAACUCAUUAAAACAACUAUAAAUGAUUAUUUGCCUGAAAGAACAACUGGUAUACAAUCUAAUCAUUGGUGUUUAACAUCAAAUGAAUUAAGAAAUAUGGGUUAUAAAAGACAAAUAAAUAAUGAAGGAAAUACAGUCGUUGAAAAUGGUCAUAAUCAUAUUGAUGAUGUUCAUAGACAUAGAGAUAAUAAUGAAGUUGUUGACAAUGAAGAAGAAAUCUAUGAUGAGAGUGAAAUAGACGAUGAAAAUGAUCUUGCACAUUUAAGUAGAGCACAAAACAAUAAAUCAUUAUCAUACGAAGAUAAACAAAACUUAACGUACGAAUCUGAAUAUUCAAACGAUAGUGAGAAUUCUGUGUGUUCAGAAGUUCAUAUAAGACUAAAUCCUGUUAACAGAAUAAAUCAUGAGACUUUUGGGAGAGUGAAGCCAGAUUCCUCUACAUCACCAUUAUCCUCAACAUCAUCUCAUUGGUCGAAUAAAUACGAACACAAAUCCUUGAGUUAUCAUACUCCAGUCAGCAGAAAUUCUCAAUCUUCAUCGAUCAUUACACAUAAAUCAAGCAGUAUUAAUAAUAACAAUAGCGCCAAUGAAAAUGUCAACGGAAUAUCUAACAACAGUAUUGAUGACAGCACAAAUAUAAACAAUUUACAUCUAUGUGAAGAAACUAACAGGUUAAACUCAACGAUUCAAACACGAAUUCAUGAUUUAAAUUAUUCCGAUAAUCUGACUUUAGACAAGAAUAACAAUCAAAUAUCAACUUACACUAAUGGUGUUCUUUUACAACAGUCAAAUCUACAACAACACCAACAACACAUUAAUACAAUUGGAAAUAUUCCCAAAUUUCCUCAAGAUCAAACAUUGAAUAAUUUAAACAAAUUUUUCGAUCAUCUUGAUAAUAAAUCCCCUGUACAAAGAAAACAAUUUCACCCAACUUCAGUAGAUAAUUACAACAUAGAUGAUGGUAAUCUAGAAAAUGAUCAUUAUAAAAGUGAUCAGUUGAUGAGAUUAUUUAAUCCUCCAAAGUUAAACAAUAGUUCGUCAUUUGAAAUUAAAAGUCAAAAUAUUUGUUCCACACAACAACAUUUAUUUCAAUCACAACAAACACAGCAACAAAUUUCACAUUCUACACCUGUUUAUCAAACACAACGAGAUAAUUAUACGGAUUAUGAAAAUAAUAUUGUUUCAAUGGAUAAAUUACAAUCUUGUAUUCAAUCAACUUAUAUUGGUACUACUCAUACAACUGACAGUAGUACAUAUUCCCAAUUAGAAGAUUUGAAUUUAACAUAUGAUAGUACUGGACCAUCUUCAAAUUUAUCAUCAAAUGAAACAAGUUCUGAAUGUUUAAAUUAUGAAAAAUACAAUGAUAUUUGCAAUAAAAGCAAUAACAUUACUUCUAAUACUAAUCUAACUAAUACUGUCGACAAUUGUAAUGUAAUUAAUAGUCAUAAUAAUAAUGGUAACAAUAACACUGGAAUUUGUAGUAUAUCUGAUAUGAAAUUACCAUCAAGUAAUACAUGUGUAAAACAAAAGCGUCAUCGUACACGAUUUACACCGAAUCAGUUAAAUGAAUUGGAAAGAGCAUUUUCCAAAACACAUUAUCCUGACAUUUUUAUGAGAGAAGAAUUAGCUUUACGAAUUGGUCUUACUGAAUCACGUGUACAGGUUUGGUUUCAAAAUCGUCGAGCAAAAUGGAAGAAACGAAAAAAGUCAGGAACUCCAUUCCGCAUGACAAUCAAUAGUAAUUCGUUGACGAAGAAUGUAAGCUUAACAACGAACAACUCUAUGAAAAAUAUAAUGAACGGUGACAAUACCUACAACAAUAUUACUUGUAGUAGUAACCUGAAUCCCUAUAUACAGCAGCUAGUACCAACAGCACAAACAAGGAGUUUAGAUGGUUUAAAUUGUUCAAAGCUAGACAAUAAUUUGUUUUUACAAAGUCCAACUACUUAUUUUGGCAAUAGUAGUUCAAAUACAAAUUAUCCAUUAUUUGAACAUUCCCAGUCAAGUAUACGAAAAUCUCAAGCAAAUUCAUAUCCUUUUUUCUCACAACUAGAACAUAUUAAAGACAAUAUGAAAGUGAAUCCACACUUUGUUGAAUCGAAUCCUUCUGGCCCAUUUGAUCAAAUUUUACAGCAACGUUUAGGAUUGCCUCAAAUGCAUAAUAUUCCAGAAGUUAGUACAUUAAAUCAAAUUGCAUAUCAAACCGAUUUACAGAAUGAUAAACAGAACCUUGAUGCAGUACAGGGCUGGCAUACAAAAAUUGAUUCCUUACUCACAAAACAACUCGAAAGUAUGCAUCAACAUGAACAAAAUGAAAAGUCUUCAACAUGUGAAUUUAAUCUGGUUUCCACAACGACUUCAUCUGGUUUGUUAAGGAAUAAAAUAAAAAAUUCAAACGAAAUUGUCACGAUACCACCAAAUUUAAUCAAUCAAAAUUCCUCAAGCAUGGAUUCAAGGGAUUUUCUUUGUAUCACCGGUACUACUACUAUUACUAAUAGUACUGACGAUAUUGAUACAACAAUAGCAGGACAGUCUAAUACAUUAUCUAAUUUAAUGUUAACCAAAAUAUCAAGAGAUGGGCUUAACCAUUUUAGUUAA